GCAGAAACCAUGCGGCGAGUGGUACGACAGAGCAAGUUCCGGCAUGUAUUUGGACAAGCCGUGAAGAAUGACCAGUGCUAUGAUGACAUCCGGGUUUCUCGUGUGACCUGGGAUAGCUCCUUUUGUGCCGUCAAUCCCAGAUUUGUUGCCAUCAUCAUAGAAGCCAGUGGGGGAGGAGCAUUCCUGGUGCUCCCUUUGCACAAGACCGGUCGAAUUGACAAGUCCUACCCUACAGUAUGUGGCCACACAGGACCAGUGCUGGAUAUAGACUGGUGUCCUCACAACGAUCAGGUCAUUGCCAGCGGCUCCGAGGACUGCACAGUUAUGGUGUUUCUCAUCUCUCAGGGGCAUGGUUUGCUCGUUGCAGGCUGCGACAAUGCCAUUAUCAUCUGGAACGUGGGGACGGGGGAAGCCCUGAUCAACCUGGACGAUAUGCACUCAGACAUGAUCUACAACGUGAGCUGGAACCGCAAUGGCAGUCUCAUCUGUACCGCUUCCAAAGACAAGAAAGUGCGAGUCAUCGACCCCAGGAAACAGGAGAUUGUUGCUGAGAAGGAGAAAGCACAUGAAGGAGCCAGGCCCAUGCGAGCCAUCUUCCUGGCUGAUGGCAACGUCUUCACCACCGGCUUCAGCCGCAUGAGCGAGCGGCAGCUGGCACUCUGGAACCCGAAAAACAUGCAAGAACCAAUUGCACUUCACGAGAUGGACACGAGCAACGGGGUGCUGCUGCCUUUCUAUGACCCCGACACCAGCGUCGUGUACCUGUGUGGAAAGGGUGACAGCAGUAUCCGCUACUUCGAGAUCACAGACGAGUCCCCGUAUGUGCACUACCUCAACACAUUCAGCAGCAAGGAGCCACAGAGGGGCAUGGGCUACAUGCCCAAGAGGGGACUGGAUGUCAACAAAUGUGAGAUUGCCAGGUUCUUCAAGCUCCACGAGAGAAAGUGUGAGCCUGUCAUCAUGACAGUCCCCAGGAAGUCCGACCUUUUCCAGGAUGACCUGUACCCCGACACAGCGGGGCCAGAAGCCGCGCUGGAGGCUGAGGAGUGGUUCGAGGGGAAGAAUGCCGACCCCAUCCUCAUCUCCUUGAAGCACGGCUACAUUCCUGGCAAAAACAGGGAUCUCAAAGUGGUCAAGAAGAACAUUCUGGACAGCAAGCCCACAGCAAACAAGAAGUGUGACCUGAUCAAUGUCCCCAAGAAAAGCACAGACACGGCCAGCGUGCAAAAUGAAGCCAAGUUGGAUGAGAUUUUAAAAGAGAUCAAAUCUAUAAAAGACACAAUCUGCAAUCAAGAUGAGCGCAUUUCCAAGUUAGAACAGCAGAUGGCGAAGAUAGCCGCCUGAAGGCCCCACCCCUAACCCACGGGAGCAAGAACUUGUGCUGGGUAGCUGGCUGUUGGUGUGGUCCUCGGGCGGGGGGAGGGGGGAGGGAGGCACUGCCAUCUGGAGACAUUCCAUUCAGAUCUGUCAACCAGCGAUAGGCCACAUUCCAGGAGGAACUCAAUUCCUCUCCUAAAUUUGCAAAAUCAAGAGCUGAGCUUUUUUUUAUCCGAAAGCUUUUUUGACGUUUUAAGUGUUAUGUGACUUGUUGAACUUUUAAAAGACAAACGUGCUACUUUUAAAAUCCCAGAUCUUCUGAAUUUUAGAAAUCAAAUCAAUUCUGAUUCAGUGUCGUGCCCAAGUACCUUUUUUUUUUUUUAAAUGACUAGGGACCAAUGCCACAUUGCUUUUUGUAUUUCUUUUUUUUUUUUAAUG